GGAGAGCUAAACACAUCUAGAUCGACCAGCGUCUCUGAUUUCUUAUCAAUUUGUUUGCCUCUCCCUGAUGAUUCAAAAUGAUUAGGGAGUCUCUCUUACUGUUCUCUGCUUUGGUUUUCUGCCCUGUACGUACGGAGGAAAUCUUCCAACCCACCUUGGUGCUGGACAUGGCUACGGUCCUUCUGGAUAAUUACUGCUUCCCCGAAAACCUGGUGGGGAUGCAAGAUGCUAUCGAACAGGCCGUCAAAAGUGGGGAGAUCCUGGACAUCUCCGAUCCCACAUUGUUGGCCAACGUCUUGACGGCUGGCGUGCAAGGUGCCUUGAACGACCCAAGACUGGUGAUCUCCUUUGAACCACUGGCUCCCGCGAUGCCCAAGCAAGAAAUGGAGGGGUCCCUCACUCGGGAGCAGCUCCUGGAUCUUAUUCAGCAUGUGGUGAAGUACGACGUGCUGGAGGGCAACGUGGGCUACCUGAGGAUUGAUCAUAUCAUCGGCCAAGAGGUGGUGCAGAAGGUCGGGGCUUUCCUGGUGGACAAGGUGUGGAAGACCUUGGUAGGGACUUCCGCCUUGGUGCUAGACCUGCGCUACAGCACCGGGGGCCGGGUCUCCGGCAUCCCCUUCAUCAUCUCCUACCUGUACGAAGCAGGCCAGGUGCUGCACGUGGAUACGGUGUACCACCGGCCCUCCAACACCACCACAGAGAUAUGGACCCUGCCCCAGGUGCUGGGGGAGAGAUACGGGCAGGACAAAGACGUCGUCGUGCUGGUCAGCCGACACACCACCGGGGUGGCCGAAGAUGUGGCUUACAUCCUCCAACACGUACCCAGGGCCAUCCUUGUGGGAGAGAGGACAGCGGGCGGCUCGCUGGACGUCCAGAAGCUGCGGAUCGGUGCCUCUCACUUCUACGUGACGGUGCCCGUCUCGCGGUCCGUGAGCCCUCUGAGCGGGGGCAAGCAGAGCUGGGAGGUCAGCGGGGUGAGGCCCUGUGUGGCCAGCCACAUAGAGGAGGCCCUGGAGAAGGCCCUGGCCAUCUUGUCGGUGCGCAGAGCGGUGCCCGGCACAAUCAGCCGCCUCCAGGGCAUCCUGCAAGACUAUUACACCCUGGCGGAGCGGGUGCCCGCACUGCUGCAGCAUCUCUCCGCCUUCGACCACUCCGCCGUCCAGUCUGCCGAGGACCUGGCCGCCAAGCUCAGCUCAGAGCUGCAGGCUGUGUCUGAGGACCCACGCCUCCUGCUCCACGUCACCGCACCGGGCGAGGCUGCUCCCCAGCCCGCGGAGGAGGGGAUCCCCAGGGCAGCAGACCUGCCCGACAACGAGGCGCUGCAGCGGGCCCUGGUGGACACCGUGUUCCAGGUGGCACUGCUGCCGGGCAACGUGGGUUACAUGCGCUUUGACGAGUUUGCCGACGCCUCCGUGCUGGCUAAGUUGGGCCCCUACAUCGUGCACAAGGUGUGGGAGCCCCUGCAGGCCACAGAGCAGCUGGUCCUGGACCUGCGCUACAACCCCGGGGGCCCGUCCUCCAGCGCCGUGCCCCUGCUGCUCUCCUACUUCCAGGACCCCGCCGCCGGCCCUGUCCACUUCUUCACGACCUACGACCGGCGCACCAACCACACGCAGGAGCACAAGAGCCAGGAGGAGCUGCUGGGCCGGCCCUACGGGGCCCGGCGUGGCGUCUACCUGCUCACCAGCCACCGCACGGCCACGGCGGCCGAGGAGUUCGCCUACCUCAUGCAGUCCCUGGGCCGUGCCACGCUGAUCGGCGAGAUCACCGCGGGCCGUCUCUCGCACACCCGCACCUUCCCCCUGCUGCAGCCAGAGGGGGGCCUCACUCAGGGCCUCACCGUCACCGUGCCCGUCAUCUCCUUCGUCGACAACCAUGGCGACAGCUGGCUGGGCGGAGGCGUGGUGCCCGAUGCCAUCGUGCUGGCAGACGAGGCGCUGGAGAAGGCCAGGGAGGUGCUGGCUUUCCACCAGGUCAUGGGGCCUCUCGUGGAAAGCGCUGGACAGCUCCUGGAGGCUCACUACGCCGUUCCUGAAGUGGCCGGGAAGGCCAGUGCCAUGUUAAGCACCAAGAGGGCCCAAGGUGGUUACCGCUCAGCCGUGGACUUGGAGACAUUGGCCGCCCAGCUCACCAACGACCUGCAGGAGGCCUCCGGGGACCACCGGCUGCACGUCUUCCACAGCCACGUGGCGCCCAGCCCGGAGGAGCAGGCCCCCGACAAGAUCCCCACCCCCGAGGAGCUGGCCUACAUCAUCGAGGCCCUCUUCAAGGUGGAGGUGUUGCCAGGCAACCUGGGCUACCUGCGCUUCGACAUGAUGGCCGACGCGGAGACGGUGAAGGCCAUCCGGCCGCAGGUCAUGCGCCUCGUCUGGGACAAGCUGGUGGGCACCGACGCCAUGAUCGUCGACAUGAGGUACAACGUGGGCGGCUACUCCACGGGCGUGCCCGUCUUCUGCUCCUACUUCUUCGAGGCCGAGCCCCCGCGCCACCUCUACACCCUCUUUGACCGCAGCACCGCCCGCAGCACUGAGAUGCGGACCCUCCCCCAGGUCACGGGCCAGAGAUAUGGCUCCCUCAAGGACAUCUACAUCCUGACCAGCCACGUCAGCGGCUCAGCGGCCGAAGCCUUCGCCCGCUCCAUGAAGGAUCUGCACCGGGCCACCAUCAUUGGGGAACCCACCAUGGGCGGCUCGCUCUCGGGCGCCAUCUACCAGGUCGGCAAUAGCUCCCUGUACGCUUCCAUCCCCAGCCAGGUGAUUCUCAGCCCCCUCACUGGCAAAGCAUGGAGUGUGACUGGGGUGGAGCCACAUAUCACCGUCCAGGCGAGCGAGGCCCUGGCGGUGGCCCAGCAGACAGCCGCCUUCCGCGCCACGGUGCCCGGCGUGCUCCGGGCGGUGGGGCAGCUGGUGGCGGACAACUACGCCUUGGCAGAUGUGGGUGCCGACGUCGCAGCCAAGUUCGCCACCCUCGCCCCCACGGACACGUACAAGAGGGUGAACUCGGAGGAGGAGCUGGCCAAGAAGGUGGCCAGUGACCUGCGUACCCUGUCUGGAGACAUCCACCUGAAAAUAGCCCACAUCCCAGAGCACUCCAAGGACCGCCUCCCGGGGAUCCUGCCCAUGCAGAUCCCUUCCCCAGAAGUAUUUGAAGAUCUGAUUAAAUUUUCUUUCCGCACCGACGUCUUCGAAAACAACAUUGGCUACCUGCGGUUCGACAUGUUUGGAGACUGCGAUCUUCUCCUGCAGGUGUCUGAGCUGCUGCUGGAGCACGUCUGGAAGAAAAUUGUUCACACGGACGCGUUAAUCAUAGACAUGAGGUACAAUAUCGGCGGCCCCACCUCCUCCCUGGAGGCCCUGUGCUCCUACUUCUUUGACGAAGGGCACCCGGUUCUGCUGGACAAAGUCUACCACCGGCCCGAUGACACCACGCGUGAGAUGUGGACCCAGCCGCAGCUCUCGGGUGAACGGUACGGCUCCCAGAAGGGUCUCGUCAUCCUCACCAGUGCUGUGACUGCUGGGGCGGCCGAGGAGUUUGUGUAUAUCAUGAAGAGGCUGGGCAGAGCUUUCGUCAUUGGAGAAGUGACCAGCGGCGGGUGCCACCCCCCUCAGACCUAUCGUGUGGACGGCACCAGCCUCUACGUCACCCUCCCUACCUCCCGAUCGGUCAGCUCUGCUGACCGCCCCUCCUGGGAGGGCGUGGGGGUGGUGCCGCUCUUGGAGGUGCCAGCCGAAGUGGCUCUGGUCAAAGCGAAGGAAAUGCUCAGCGCGCACUUGCACGGCUCCAGAUAGACCGGCUGGCUUAGCGGGAUGGGCAGCGAUUGUCAAAGGUGCAUUGGACUCGCUGCUUGGGGAUGCUGGCCCUGGAUUCCCUCUGAGCAUACAACAGGAGCUGCGUUAUGGGCCCUGGCUGGAGAGAGGGAUUUACAUGGCUGGGUGACCUAGAGUAGUCGACAGGAUGCUGGGCUGGAGGAAGAAGAUGCAGGCUCCACCCCCAUCUCUGCCAUUGGCUGGCUAGAGGUUCCUGAGCAAGAUACUUGCAGAUACGUUUGCCAGAGCAGCCUCUGAUUUGCCUCAGUUUCUCACCCCGCAGCCAUGUGCCAGCUCUGUACUUGGGCUGGGAGCUGACAGUGAGGACUCGGAGGCGUCCCCCAGGUCCAUGGAGACAGCAGAGAUCUCCUACCACCUUCCCACCACCCCGCCCAUCAGCACAGGUUCAGAGAGCUCUGUCUGAGUCUCCUACCCCCCUCUCUGGGCUCCCCUGUGCUACCCACUGCCAAAGAGGCUCAGAGCUCUGGCAUGAUGCUGGAUCAGCACCAGUGUUCCCUCUAAUCUUUUCCAUCCAUGGGUGGAUUUUUCCAGUUGUGUG